GCCGUGGAAUAAAUAAUAUCUAAAGCCCUUUUAAAGAGACUUGCGGGUUUCGAAUGGGAGGUUGUUGAAUUGAAUAGUCUCAUUCUGCAACCAGAUCUGGAUAUUUUGUUUUUGGAUUUUUAUAACAGUUAUUGAAGAAGCAUUGGGAAUAUUGCGGACACAUUUCUUGACUGCCAAUAGAAUUUUACUUCUCAUACAGAAGGAAAAAAAAACAGAAUUUAGAGCAGGGAGAGGCUUGAAAGGAACACCUUCUUCUUAAGAAAAUGAAUUUCGAGGCAGACUCCUGAAUCAAAGGUGGACGCGUGGAGAAAGGAUCAGCAGCUGUGAAACAAAAAGCCUGCACAGCAGAAAAAGCAAGAUGAACCUAGACAGUAAUGACAAGAGAACACGCACACGAUCAAAGGGAAUUAGAGUGCCUGUAGAACUCGUAGGACAAGAACUAAGCUGCCCCACCCUUGGAUGCAAUGGCUCAGGUCAUGUCAGUGGAAAAUAUGCAAGACAUAGAAGUUUACAGAGCUGCCCGUUGGCCAAGAAAAGGAAACACCAGGAUGUAGACUCAGAUCAGCCUUUGUCAAAAAGGAAGUCCCACCCUUUGAGAUUGGCUAUGGAUGAAGGAUACAAUGUUGACAGCGACGGUAGUGACGAAUCAGAGGUCAGGGAGGAUUCCUCAGCCGAUGAAUCACAGGAGGUCUUGGAAGAUGAGCACGAGGAAGAAGACGACAAAGAGAGUGAAGAGGCAGCACGAGAAGAAUGCAUGGCAGCAGAAUCAUCCAAUGCUGGACAAUCUCAAGAGGCACCCAUUACUAAUCAAAAGGAAGACUACACAUGCUAUCAUGAAAUGGUGGCCAGUUCCCUUCUCAACCUGGGUCAGAUUGCAGAAAACACAGUGGACACAACAGAGGAAUCUCCGCUCACAGCUGGAAUGGACAUAGUAUGUGAAACAGAGAACAUUGAUAGGUGCAGUGAGGUGGAAACACAGGCCGAAACAGUGGUCCAUGAAGAUUAUGAUGAUGAGGAUGAUGAAGAAGAUGCUACAGAAAUUAGGGAGGUGACAGAAGAAGCCCAGAACUUGAACACCAGGACAGUAGACAUACAUCAGGAACCAGAGGAAGAGGAGGAGGAGGAGGAGGAGGAGGAGGAGGAGGAGGAAGAAGAUGAAGAUGAGGAUUUGGAGGCCAACGAGGCUUGCAUGACACAGAAAGACAACACGGAUCACCAGUACUUCAGUGGGGGCUUCACAAGGUUCAGAACAGUAGAGCAUGAGGCAGACGAUCCAUCAUCAGAAAUCCAGUGUGAGGAGACAUUGGGAGAAGAAGAGGAAGAGGAAGAUGAUGAAGAAGAGGAGGAGGAGGAGGAGGAGGAGGGGGAGGAGGAGGAGGAGGAGGAGGUUACAGCUGCUCAGGGAUCUCACGCAGAAACAGAAACCGAACUGGAGCUCCAGUCCCAGCUCGAGGACUCCUUCCCGAAGACCACCUCCUCAGUGGUGAUCGAGGUCCGAUCGGAAGAGUCUGACAAAGACGACGAGGAUAAUGACGAUGAUGACGCUCUUUCUCAGAAGUCGGCCGUCACGGAUGAGUCCGAGAUGUAUGACAUGACGAGAGGGAACCUUGGUCUUCUAGAGCAGGCCAUUGCGCUAAAGGCUGAGCAGGUGAAAAUGAUGCGGGAUGCAGGCAGGAUGCCAGGGGAACAACUUCGCUAUUUCCACAUAGAGGACAGGCAAGGCAAACCUAUGGAUUCCAUGAGAAAGAAUUACUUUAAUAAAGAGCCCUCAAGGUCUGAGAAGAGAGAGAUUAAGUGCCCGACCCCAGGGUGUGAUGGGACUGGUCAUGUGACUGGAUUGUACCCUCACCAUCGCAGUCUGUCCGGCUGCCCACACAAAGACAGGAUACCACCAGAGAUCCUGGCAAUGCACGAGAAUGUUCUCAAGUGUCCCACAGCAGGGUGCACAGGGCAGGGUCACGUCAACAGCAACCGCAACACACACAGGAGCUUGUCCGGAUGUCCUAUUGCCGCAGCUGAAAAACUGUCUAAAACCCAUGAGAAACAGCCAAUCCCUCAGAAUGCCUCUGAGCUCCCAAAAGGCAGUCCUAAUUCAGACAGAGUACUCAGGCCUAUGUGCUUUGUAAAGCAAUUAGAGAUUCCUCAGUUUGGCAGCUACAGACCCAAUGUUCAACCUGCAACCCCCCGUGCCAACCUGGCUAAGGAACUUGAGAAAUACUCCAAGGUCUCUUUCGAUUAUGCAAGUUUUGAUGUUCAGGUCUUUGGCAAACGUAUGCUUGCCCCAAAGAUUGCGACCACUGAAACCUCACCAAAAGCCUUUAAAUCUAAACCAUUCCCCAAGGCAUCAUCCCCAAGCCACAGCCUGUCCGGUAGUUAUGCGAAGAGCACCACCUCCUCUUCCUCCUCCAGUGGCUACGACUACUCCCACGACGCGGAGGCCGCGCACAUGGCUGCCACCGCCAUCCUGAACCUGUCCACACGCUGCUGGGAAAUGCCCGAGAACCUCAGCACAAAACAGCAGGACCUCGCCAGCAAGAGCAUGGACAUCGAGGUGGAUGAGAAUGGCACCCUGGACCUCAGCAUGAAAAAGCACAGCAAGAGCUUGUCGUGCCUGAGCCCAGGGGUCAGAUCACCGGAGCAGUCCCAGAACCAGAGCAGCAGCCCCAGCAGCAGUGCGAUGACCUCACCACAGUCCAGCCACGCCUCCAAGCAGGAGGAGUGGGAGGGGCCUAUCGACUACACCAAACCCAACAGGCAGCGCGAGGAGGACUUAGAGGAGAUGGAGCCUGCAGCGCACUCAUUUGUCUCCUCAGAACCGGAGGACUGUGAAAUGAUUCAAGAGAGCUUGGAAGACAGGAAGUACCCGGGAGAGGUCACCACAACAAGCCUCAAAAUGAAAUACCAGAGCAAGGACAGCAAGAAGGAACUUCUACUGUGCCCAACGCCUGGUUGUGAUGGCAGUGGUCACAUCACUGGAAACUAUGCCUCACACCGCAGCCUGUCUGGUUGUCCUCUUGCUGACAAGAGUCUCCGAUCCCUCAUGGCUGCCCAUUCUGCCGAGCUCAAGUGUCCAACUCCAGGCUGUGACGGUUCCGGUCACAUCACAGGGAACUACUCAUCCCACAGAAGUUUGUCUGGCUGCCCCCGUGCCAAGAAAGGUGGAAUAAAAACAACUCCUACCAAGGACGACAAGGAGGAUCCUGAGCUCUUAAAAUGCCCAGUUCCAGGAUGUGACGGCUUAGGUCACAUCAGCGGGAAGUACGCCUCCCACCGCAGUGCCUCCGGCUGCCCAUUGGCUGCCCGCAGACAGAAGGAAGGGCUUCUCAACGGCGCUCCCUUUCCCUGGAAAUCCCUCCGAACAGAAGGACCAGCCUGCCCAACGCCAGGGUGUGAUGGCUCAGGUCACGCUAAUGGCAGCUUCCUUACACACCGAAGUCUCUCAGGCUGUCCCAGGGCCUCUUUUGCUAUAAAGAAGACAAAGUUCCCAGGGGAUGAAUAUCUCACCACAAAAUUCAGGGCCAGUGAUGUUCUCGACAAUGAUGAAGACAUUAAACAGUUAAACAAGGAGAUCAGUGAGCUCAACGAAUCCAACACUGAGAUGGAAGAGGACAUGGUCAACCUGCAGACACAGAUUUCAUCAAUGGAAAAGAAUCUGAAGAACAUUGAAGAUGAGAACAAAAUUAUUGAGGAGCAGAAUGAGGCCUUGUUUAUGGAGCUGUCAGGCCUGAGUCAGGCCCUCGUACGCAGCCUUGCCAACAUUCGCCUUCCACACAUGCAGGAGCCAAUCACUGAGCAGAAUUUUGAUUCCUAUGUGAACACGUUGACAGAUAUGUACACCAAUAAAGAGUGCUACCAGAACCCGGAGAACAAGGCCCUGCUGGAAACUAUUAAGCAGGCUGUGAAGGGUAUCAAAGUGUAAAUGAGAAACAGCCAACGACUACAACAAAAACAAAAAGAAAAGGGCAUUCAGGUUUUAAAUGGCAAUGUACUUCUUCCCAGGGAGCAUUCAGCAAAACCAGGACCAAAAUACAAGCCUGUUGCUGCCAGGUUUGAUAGGACGAAUGGAUCAGAACCCAUUUCUUUUUUCUUUUUUCCCAGCUUUGACACUCAGCACUUCAGGCUUUGAAGUUAAAUAAUCAGGAUCAAAUAGGUUAGCAGGAUAAAGAAAACACUGCUUAAAAAGGCGUCUAAUCAUAUUCAGUUUAUGCAAUAUAUCUAUCAUUGGAUAUUACAAUCUGCACAUUUAUUUCUGUGAAUAAUCAAUGGCUUUUUCUGAUCGAACUGAUCCAUCAUUUAAAUACACCAACAAAAACGAAAGCUGUUGAAUCCUGCAAUGGCCAUUUGAUGCUUGAUAUUUGCUUUAACAGGCAGCACUCAUGAAUAAUUCUAACGAGAUCAAGGUGGGAUGUUAUUGUAAUAAGUGUGGUGGCAGUCAUCUUACAAAAAAGAGCAACAAAGUUCUUGGUCAAGGCACUGUUGGACUUGUAUCUGAUAUUCAUGUGGCAUCACUACUUAGAAAUUCAGACUAGUUUCAUGAACCCAUAAAGAACAGGCUCCACCACAAACUGUUCCUGAUUACAAUUCCCGCCUCAACGACUUAGAAGGACACUUCCUACCAGAGGAUGAAAAAGUAAUAUUACUGUGGAUGCAGCUGAUUCUGUUUUUUCUGCUUAAAGAAACUUUAAAAAAGUCUAUAAUGUAAAUAAAUUCGAACUAGUAAUAUUUAUUUAUGAGCAUAGAAACUGCACUUCAUUUCACUAACUAGUUUGUAGUUCAAUUAUUAGUAUUGUUAUAUAAAUUAUUUCAUUUGAAUCAGAGUAAAAUGUAAUUUAUUCCCAACGUUUUAUGUUAAAUUGACUAUUUAUUUGACCUUGCCUAUUUAUUAUUUUUUGUAAAACAAAAUGCAACUCGACCAGGAAGCAUUUUGAAACAACCAUUUAAAGCUGACAAUAUAUAUGUCUUAGAAAUCAACAUUUCAAAAAAAAAAAAAAAAAAAAAAAAAACUAUUUAAAUAAGAU